UUAUAACACUCAAGUUUUGAAACCAGAAAUAAAACAUCUAAGGGGGGGUCAUCAGGUGAAUAAAUAAAGUUGUAGCAGAAGAUAGUUCAGUUCAGUUCAGAUCACAGAAAGAAACAUGCAGCAACAACUCAUGCAGCAGCAGCAGCAGCAACACACAGGUGCUUUCAACACCACAAGUGUGACUACUGAUCACAUCCAACAGUAUUUGGAUGAAAACAAGGCACUCAUCUUGAACAUUCUGGAGAAUCAGAGUACUGGGAAGUUCAGUGAAUGUGCAGAAAACCAAAGUAGGCUACAACACAACCUUAUGUACUUGGCUGCAAUAGCUGAUUGUCAACCAAAGCAAUCUCCUAUUCGUCUUCAGCCAUACACAAACUCCAUGCAGCAACAAAUGCAAAUGCAAAUGCAAAUGCAACCCCAACACAUGGUCCCACAGCCUCAUAUGAUGGCUCAAUCACAUACAGGGUUUGGUCAGCAAUCUCCCUUUUCAAUGCACCACCAUGCCGGCAUGGUGCCAAGUGGAACCAGUGGGACCAGUCUUGACGGUGACGGGUCCGGAUUAGCCCAACCCGUGUUUGGGGAUGGGUCAGGGGGCAUUAGUGGAUCAACAAGGUGGUCAAUACCUAAAGAGAACAUAAGCACUGGUUCUAGUGAAGGUAUUGUUGGCGCCCACCCACAAAAGAAAGGAAAACUCACUAGACCUGGGACUUAGUAGAGUUUUGACCUUGGUCAACGUUCGGGUGUUGGUUUGACAUUAGUUGACUUUUUUAAGGUGUUGUACAAGCUCUAGCUUGUUCAUGUUGUAAUAAGACAGUCUACAUGAAUGUGAAUACGGAUCAAUAGUUUUUAACGAGUGUUUUGUUGUCACUGGC